AAUAUGGUUGGAUGGAUUGUAACGUCAAAAUUGAGUGUUUUUGUUCCACUAUCUCUGGUAAAAAAAGGUGAAACGGUGCUUAACUGGCAACAUUCUAUUCAACUAAGUCUUUUAUUGAAAAGCUAUUUAGACAAUGCCAUCUCCAUCGCACAGUCCGUUUGGCGAUGUACUACUAUGUCCCGUGUGCAUGGUAGUUUUUGAAGGUCGCAUUUUACAAUGUUCACAAGGACAUGCUGUUUGUGAAGCAUGCCAACUAAAACUAACAGAAUGUCCACAUUGCCGUGGUGUCUAUGUGGGAACACGAAAUUACGUUCUCGAGGCAGUGAUCGCGAAACUGAAACUACUCCGAACCACCGACAACAUAAAUUGGGUAGAUCAAAAUGACGACGUCCCGGGUGAAACAAAAUCGACAAAUGAGGCGCCAGAAGAUUCAUUACUAUCAGAAGCAACCCAGUCAGAUGGAGCGUCAGCAUCCGAGUCUGCAGCUUCCGUAAAAAUAUUGGCACCAAAGGGUCUGUACGACUGUCGCAUGGACAAUUGCAAUGCGAAAUUGCCUUUCUGCCGUCUUCUCAAUCACCUGCGAUACUUUCACAAAGACAGUUUAAUAGAGACAAACCGUACAACAAAUACAAAUGAAGAUGGAGACUUUGUGGAUCAUUGGUCACUGCCAUGCGUAACAUUCCAGAAAUGCUUUCAUCUGCACAAUUUUGGAAUAUUCUUUCUGAUAGUCAAUGUCACACAGCCCGAUGGGCCAGAAGCUGGCCUAACCAAUAUCAAAGCAUGGGUGCAAUGCGCUUAUCCGAACAGAGUGGCUAGGAAUUUUCGAUUUAGUUUAGAAUUGUUGAUGGGAAAUAUGGUGGCAACGUUUACGGAUUACGUUGUGGGUGCUCAGUCGGACAGUACGUACAUUCAAGCGAAUAACAAUUGCUUGAACGUGGACACGGCCGAACACUAUGAAAAAGUCACAAUCGAAAUGAAAAUUAGCAGAACACACGGAGCACAGAAUUUGCCGCGGAACGACAGAACAGAUUGUCGUUUGCUUCCAGUGACAACACCAUCCAUUAGAACGGUGGAAAAUGAAGCUAGCCGACGCAGACCACGAUAACCCGUCUUAGUGAAGUUAAAUAAAUUUUUAUUUCAACGCCCCCAUCCUGCCCGUCACCAAAAUAGCUCCACAUACACACCGAGACCGAGCAGAUUAGCGCAUUUAGCAAAAACUCUUAUCGUUUUCAGAUUUAUUCAAAUUUUCGACUCAAUGUGUUCAUCUGUAUUUUCGGCUAGUUACCGCUCGCUCACCACACUUAACGUGUUUACUUUACGUUGGACGUAUUAUUAUAAUCGAUAAUUAAAUUAACAAAUAAUUAAACAAAACAAAAAUU